CGAAAGCAGAUAUUCCUAUUUCAAGUGUGACCCACAUAAUGACGAAGGAUGGAAGUGGUUGGGCUUAUUUGAACAUACAUUUUUAGAGUGCGCUACUACCAGUGCCUGUUUUACUGCGAAAACACACUGCUAAACCAGCGAGAAGAAAGGAAGGAGGGAGUGUCUAUUUCUCGGGUGGAUUAUUGCACUGAAGCUUCUCUCUCCAUCUCUCAGCCUUCCCAGCAAAGACGCAGACGGAGAGAAUAUCUGGGAGAAAUCGGACAGCGUGAGGAUAGAAAAGACCCAGUCUGAGCCAGUAGUAAACUCCAGUGGAAGAGCCUCUGCCUGGGCUUUGCGGGACCUUGUUUUACCCCCUAUCUUUCCACCUGGGUCACUGGAUCUCCUGACAACACCACUUUCGUAGCUCUUCCCCAAGACACGGCUCUAUACCCCGGGGUGCUAACCCUGUCCAUCUCCCUCUGGUUCCCUGGACCCACUUCACCCUCACCUCUCCCCCAGCAACCCUUCCCUUCCCUGGGCUGAGAUAGAGAUGUCUGUGCCCUCGGCCCAUGAGUUUCACUGGCAGAGCCUGGCACGGCUGCCCAGCGGGCGUGUUUACCACUCCCUGGCGGAGGUGGGGGGGCAGAUGUACAUGCUGGGGGGCUGUGAUGCUGCAGGGAGGCCCUCCCCAGCCUUAGAACUCUACUCUCCAGAGGGGGACCGGUGGCUGAGCCUUCCCCCCAUGCCCACCCCUCGGGCAGGUACGGCCGUGGCGGUGCUGGGCAAGCAGAUCCUGGUGGUGGGCGGUGUAGGGGAUGACCAGCGCCCUCUGAAGGUGGUGGAGGUUUACAACACAGAGGAGGGGAGGUGGAGGAAGAGGAGCGCCCUCAGAGAAGCACUGAUGGGGGUGGCCAUCAUUGUGAAAGAUGGACGUGCGUUGGCUGUAGGGGGUAUGGGUGCAGACCUGCUCCCCCGUAGUAUACUGCAGCAGUAUGACAUGAGGAAGGACGUGUGGGCACUACUGCCCCCUAUGCCCACACCAAGGUAUGACGCUACCGCACACCUGCUGGGCAACAAGAUCUACGUGGCAGGUGGGCGUCAGUGUAAACGCACGCUGAAGGUCUUCGAGGUAUACGACUCAGAGACACGCUCCUGGACUACACUACCCAACAUGCCAUGUAAACGUUCGUACGGGGGCAUGUUCUGGGACAGUUCGGGGAGGCUGUGUCUGCUGGGGGGGCUGAGGAAGGGAGGAGGCCACCAGAGCUCCAAAUUCACCAAGAACGUCAACAUCUUUGAUACUAACCAGGGGUCAUGGCUGAAGUCAGAGGACACGGUGGCCAUGAAGACUAAGAGGGCUGACUUCGCCUCAGCUUUCCUCAGGGGCAGGAUGGUUGUAGCAGGAGGACUUGGUCACCAACCCUCAGUUCUCGACACGGUGGAAGCCUUCCACCCCCAGAAGAGGAAGUGGGAGAGACUGGUUCCUAUGGCAAUGCCACGAUGCUCCGCCUCCUCCAUCGUCAUCAGGGACCGCCUGCUGGUGGUUGGAGGAGUGAACCAGGUCCCUAGUUCAGCCCAUGAGAUCCUGUACGUAAAAGAGGAGGAGUGUCUGUAGGCUCAAGGACAUGCCCCUUACAUGAUGAUUGACAGCAGGAUGACAGCAAGAAGAUUCCUGGAACAUUCUAUUCAAGAUCAGUGGCUCCAGUGCUUUCAGAACGGCUGUUAGUCUUGGACAAGUGCAAUAUUUUCCAAAGAUCUACAGCAGAAUAGUAAGGAAGGGGAAGUCAUGCCACAAACACAGAACAUUGCUCUCUGCUGGGUUGUCUAUACACACUCUAACAAACACAGAACAUUGCUCUCUGCUGGGUUGUCUAUACACACUGUAACAAACACAGAUUAG